AUGGAUCAUCUCGACGAUUUGCGAGAAACCUUUGAGACCCUCAGGACAUACCAAAUGAGACUCAAUCCAAAGAAGUGCAUAUUCGGGGUAUCCUCUGGCAAGUUUCUUGGCUUUCUGAUUGAUGAAAGGGGCAUUGAAGCAAAUCCGGACAAGAAUGCCGAACUCAAAUAUCCAAUUGUUGAAAAAUUUGGCUUCGCUCUGUUCUUGGCUAGUAAGAAGCUUCGUCCAUAUUUCCUGGCUCAUCGGCUGAUAGUGUACACAAAUCAACCGCUAAAGCGGCCGUUUACCAAUCUGGAAGCGUCCGGAAGAAUGCUCAACUGGGCAAUUGAGCUUAAUGCAUUUGAUAUUUCGUAUGAGCCGCGGAAGGAAAUAAAGGGACAGGAAUUUGUUGACUUCAUUGUGGAACUGACCAAGCCACCCUAUUUGAAGAAUGAGAAAACCCAGUGGAUAGUUCAUGUGGACAGCUCUGCCACCCAAAAUGGGUCGGGAGCCGGCAUUAUCUGCGAAUCACCAGAAGGGGAUAUCUAUGAAUAUGCAAUGCGUUUUAACUUUCAGGCGUCAAACAACGAAGCUGGAUACGGAAUUCAGAUGAGCAAAGCAGCGGGGGCGGCAGACGUCCUGGUUUUAUCAGACUCACAGUUAAUCGCCAGUCAAGUAAAAGGAGAAUAUGAGGCCAAGGAUGACGCCAUGAUAAAAUAUCUGGAAAAGGUCCGUCAGGAAGUUCAGCAGCUGUCUAACUUUGAAAUACAACAUAUACCCCUGUCUGAAAAUAACAAAGCCGACGCUCUGUCCAAACUAGCAAGCUCAGCGUCUUGUGAUACGCCACGUCAUGUGUUUUGGGAAGUAAAACAGCUCAAAAGCAUUGACGCCUCGAGGACAGAUAUCCUAGACCGAAUAGCCACCUGGAUUGAUGAUAUUGUUAAUUUCAAAAUGAAUGGAGGAUUAUGCAGCUCUCACAUAGGAGGGAGGGCUCUGGCAGAAAAAGCCCUAAGAACCGGGUACUAUUGGCCCACUCUCAAAGAAGACGCUCUUAACUUGGUUAAGCGGUGUGAUAAAUGUCAACGAUUUGCUCAUCUAAUUCGACGGCCAUCACAGAGACUGACACCAAUCACCAGCCAUAUACCAUUUGCCAAAUGGGGGAUGGACUUGUUAGGUCCCUAUACGAUGGCACCAGGUGGAUUUCGUUACGUAAUAGUUGCCGUCGACUAUUUCACCAAAUGGGUAGAAGCUGAAGCUUUGAAAAACACUAAGGCUCAAGAUGACGCCCUCAAGCUAACGGACAAGUAG